AUGAGGAUGGAAGCGGGCGCUUUAGAAUCGAAUCCUGAGCGUAGAUCUGACGAAGUUCAUCAAGUGAGCAACAAUGAAGCCCGAAGCUCUCGGUAUAUCCCACCAUGGACCACACCUUACAUUAUUGGCAUUGGAGGAACAUCUGGAUCUGGUAAAACUAGUGUGGCAGCGAAAAUAACGUCAUCGAUCAAUACUCCAUGGACAGUUCUAAUAUCGUUAGACAAUUUCUAUAAGCCUCUGAGCCCCGAGCAGCAUGAGCUAGCAGUCCAGAACGAGUUUGAUUUUGACAAGCCUGAUGCAAUCGACUUGGAUCUUGCCUAUGAGUGUAUCAAGAGUUUGAAGGAGGGCAAGAAAACGUCUAUUCCCGUGUACAGUUUUAACAAUCACAACCGAGUCCCAGGAAAAACGAUUUCGAUUUAUGGAUCAAGUGUUGUUGUAGUUGAAGGGAUCUAUGCUUUGUACAAUUCGAGACUUCUGGAGCUCAUGGACUUGAAAAUCUAUGUGGACGUCGAUUUGGACGUAUGCCUUGCCAGACGGCUCUCCAGAGACAUCGUGGCUCGCGGUAGAGAUCUAAAUGGGUGCAUUCAACAGUGGGAGCAAUUUGUGAAGCCAAACGCUCAAAGAUACGUGCGUCCCACGAUGAAAAACGCAGACGCCAUCAUCCCAUCUAUGGGUAGCAACGUCGUUGCAACGCAAACGGUUAUCAACCACAUCAAGUCUCGAUUACAACUGAAAUCACGCAGGCAUCUUGAAGAGCUCAGCGAUUUGGGUCAUGUCCAGGAGCUAAAACCAUUAUCUAAGAUGUCCAAUGUCUGUCAAUUGGAACCCACAAGCCAGGUUGUUGCUUUGAAAACGAUUCUCUUGGACAAAUACACGUCUAGAGACGACUUCGUCUUCUAUUUCGACAGAAUUGCGACUAUUCUGGUCUCCCGCGCCCUUGACGACAUUUCUACUUCUUUUAUGAAACGUCUUGUAACGCCCACAGGUCAAGAAGUAUGUCUGCCCUCCGUGGACUUUGAUAAAGUUACAUCCAUCAGCAUUGUGCGUUCGGGAGACUGCUUUAUGCGAUCUUUGAAGAAAACAGUUCCUAGCAUGUCUGUUGGAAAGGUUCUCAUUCAAUCCGAUUCGCACACAGGAGAGCCUCAACUUCACUGUGAGUUUCUACCUCCGCAUAUCGAAAACUAUGAGCAAGUGCUUUUGGUGGAAGCUCAGAUUAUAUCUGGAGCUGCAGUUAUAAUGGCAAUUCAGGUUCUACUUGAUCAUGGUGUCUCUCUGAAAAGAAUGAAGGUACUCGUUUACUUGGCUACUGAGAUAGGCAUACGCAGAAUUACGAAUGCAUUCGACGAUGCCGUUCAGAUCUACGCUGGUGAAGUAAUUCCUACUGACGCCCUUGGAGUCGAUCACUGCAAAUGGGCUAGAAAACGUUUCAUUGACUCCAGAUACUUCGGGUGCGAUUGA